UAUCUGUACUUUUAAGGCUGAUAUUAGUAAAUUUAAGGAUAUGAACCAGAGUAUUAUGAAUAUAUGGAAGUGACGGAUGCAUUUAUUGGGAAGUUGUUUCUAGUGGCCACUCUCACCGUGUUCCUAGUGCUUGUGUUUUGGGUGAACACACACCCUUUCAUUGAUAAAGACAGUUCACUUUACGACCUCAUCCCUCACCCGCAGUGGUUGCUCCUGUUCUGUGCUAUUUGGGGCUUCUUCUUCAUCGGGGGAUUGAUGUCAUUCACUCUCUACCACAUCUACCCUCACCUAUAAACCACAAGGCUCAUUUCACCAUGACAGCAAACUACAAAGACCAAUGGUUCGUCAUAGGCAUAUCCGGUGUGACGUGCGGGGGAAAAACUACCUUAGCAUUGAAGCUGAAAAAUGUUUUGUGUCCCGUAUACGUGUUUAAUCAAGACAAGUAUUUCUACCCAGACGACAGUCCGAAGCAUGUGAAAUGCGAAGGUUUGGAAGAAGAACAUAAUAACUAUGAUAUUCUAUCUUCGCUAGACAUGGAGAGAAUGUAUAAGGAUAUCCUGGAUACAAUGGAAGGAGUAUCAGAUAUGUCUAUAGACAGGAAUACUAGUGACAAGAGCGGGGUGAUGAAGUGUGGCAAUAAGAAAGUGUUGAUAGUGGAAGGGUUCACCGUGUUGAACUACAAGCCGAUAUUGGAUCUUUGCGAUUUGAGAUACUACAUAGUGCUAGACUACGGAGAAUGCCUCUCUCGGCGCAGUCGUCGUCGCUACGACCCCCCCGACGUGCCCGGGUACUUCGAGACUUGUGCGUGGCCCGAGCACAUCCGGUAUAGAGCUGAGAUCGAGAAAGACAAAUCUAUCAAACUCCUGGACGGAAUGAGACCCGACAACUUCGACUACGUGGUGGAAGAACUGCAGACUUUAGGCUUCAAACCGAGCUAGCACUAGACUAAGACCUAGAUGUGACACUGCCAUGCCCUAGUACAAAUUGUCCAGGUAUGCUGAACCAGUUAUUUAGAAACAACAUCUACUUAAGUACCUCCUUUGUAAAUCUAAGCAUACAAUUAUUAUUAAUUGCAAAAAUAUUAAUUUGCAAAUUGAAUCACUGCACCAACAAUAAGCAGUAACUAUUUAAGUUUUAGGUGGCUCUGUAUAAGUCUUGUAUGUAAAAUAAUGUGUGUUCGGCCUUAAAUCUAAAUAUGGGUAUAAGUAUAUAAUUUAUAUAGAUUCUGUAAUAAAAUAUGUGUUAUGUUUAUAAAUGUACUUACACAUAGGGUCAAAUACCUAAUAGAGAAUAUAUGUAUAUGUUUAAAUGCGUAUACUGAAGUUCUGUAUACCUACAUGAUAGCUACAGUGUAAUUCUUAACUCGUUAACUUUGAAUAAAACCUGUUAUCUAU